UGGGGUACCUGCGACCCCCCUCCCCCGGCCUCGGGGCUCGCAGGUGGGCUCGGGGAGCGGGUCUCCUCCUUCCUCCCCGGGCAGAGGUCUCGGGGGCGCGUGGCCAUGACGGGCAAGUCGGUGAGGGACGUGGAUCGCUACCAGGCUGUCCUGGCCAGCCUGCUGCUGGAAGAGGAGAACAAGUUCUGUGCGGACUGCCAGGCCAAAGGACCACGAUGGGCCUCCUGGAACAUUGGUGUGUUCAUCUGUAUCCGAUGUGCAGGAAUUCACAGGAACCUCGGUGUGCACAUUUCCAGGGUGAAGUCAGUCAACCUAGACCAGUGGACACAAGAGCAGAUUCAGUGCAUGCAAGAGAUGGGGAAUGGGAAGGCCAACCGACUGUAUGAGGCCUACCUACCUGAAAAUUUCCGGCGACCUCAGACAGACCCAGCUGUAGAAGGAUUUAUCAGAGAUAAAUACGAGAAGAAGAAGUACAUGGACCGAAGCCUGGACAUCAAUGCCUUUAGGAAAGAAAAAGAUGACAAGUGGAAAAAGAGCAAUGAGCCAGCUCAAGAGAAGAAAGUAGAGCCUGUGAUUUUUGAGAAAGUCAAAAUGCCUCAGAAGAAGGAAGACCUGCAGCUACCUCGAAAAAGCUCCCCCAAAGCAAUUGAGCCUGUCAUGGACUUGUUGGGCCUUGAUGCUCCUGUGGCCUCUUACAGCAUCACAAACAGCAAGACCAGUAACACCCUAGAAAAGGAUCUAGAUCUCUUGGCCUCAGUUCCAUCAUCUUCUCUCUCGGACUCUAGAAAAGUUGUAGGAUCCAUGCCAACUGCAGGGAAUGCCAGCUCUGUUCCUGAAAAUCUGAACCUGUUUCCUGAACCAGGGAGCAAAGCAGAAGAAUCGGGCAAGAAGCAGCUCUCUAAAGACUCUAUCCUCUCACUUUAUGGAUCACAAACUCCUCAGAUGCCUGCUCAAGCGAUGUUCAUGGCGCCAGCUCAGAUGGCCUACCCUGCAGCCUACCCCAGCUUUCCUGGUGUCCCCCCUACUGGUACCAUGAUGGGAGGGAUGAUGCCCCCACCAGUGGGCAUGCUUGCCCAACCUGCAGCUGCUGGGAUGGUGGCCCCUGUAGCCAUUCCACCAGGCUACGUAGGUGGCAUGCAGGCCACGGUGAUGGGUGUCCCCAAUGGCUUGAUGGCUGCCCAGCAGGCUGGCUACGUCACAGGCAUGGCGGCCAUGCCCCAGACAAUGUACGGCAUUCCACCAGCACAGCAGCUGCAAUGGAACUUGGCUCAGAUGACCCAGCAGAUGGCCGGAAUGAACUUCUAUGGCACCAAUGGCAUGAUGAGCUAUGGACAGUCGAUGGGCGGUGGGAAUGGCCAGGCAGCCAAUCAGACGCUCAGUACUCAGAUGUGGAAAUAAAAGCGGAGCACCUGCAUUGUUACCACUUCUUUUCCCAAAACCUCCCUGCUCUCCCUUCUCCCUGCUUCCCUCUCUACCUCUUCCUGUUUUGUUUGGAAACUGCUCUAGGAGACACACAGGGUUUGGCCUCCCAUCCAGCCUGAUGACUUCGCCCCCCCCCCCCCCCCGUACCCGAGACCUGCUUUCUGCUGUCCAUGCCCCACAUGAUCCUUAGAGCCUCGGUGUGCAUCCCUUCUUGAGGAGGCAGCAGAGCGCACAAUAGCACCACUGGAUUGCACACACCCAGAGCCCUUUUCCUUACAGGAGAGGAGGCAGCUUCUGCCCCCACAGCCUCUGAGAGAGGUUUGUGGGGGCUGUUCAGGCACUGAGGGAGAGGGUUAAAGGCCCCUCUGUAUCACCCAUAUGUCUUUUUUUUUUAAGUUUGCUUUUGGGUGGGUGGGGAGGGAUGAGAGGAGUGCUGGCUAGAGAAGGGGAUUGUAAUCAAACUCCAAUCAUGGAUCUUUGUGAAGGGGGGUUACCAGGCUCAGGCUGAGCCAGAGCCCCUCCAAGGGAGGGAGAGCCAAGGUCAUUCUGCUCUGUUCCAAGCAGUCUUCCAUCUGUGGCUUUAGUCCUUGUCAUUGGACCCGAAGUCACUGUGAGGCUCUGCUGCCUGGAGAUGGGCCUCAUGCACACAUGGUGAGAACGGGAAGCUUGCCCUUCUUAUGAAUGGCUUUUUAUUGUUUGUUUUCCCAUCCAAACUGGAGGGUGGUGGUUUAAAAACAAAAUAAAAAGUUUUAGAUUAAUAAACUAACAGAAGAGUUAAUUUAUCGGCAGCUAAGAGCUAUUGCCGGUUUUUUUUUCUUACAAUUUUAAAAAUGUGUUAUCUGCCAUCCUAAUAAUGCCUCCCUGCCUUCCUCUCCCUCUCCCUGCAGUCCUGUUUGUUCUGGGGUAGCCCUGGCACCUCUGUUUCUUGCAUAUUUUACACUGUGCAUGAGGCAGAGACCCCAGGCAGCUUUCCUGUCAAUCACCAUUCACCUCACUAGGAAAUCAAAACAAAAAAAUUUUGCUUAAAAUAUUUCAUUUGCGUGAACCAAAAUUUUUGGUUGGCUUUCUCCUGUGUAUAUGUAAAUUCCUUAAUAAAUAUUGCAGUGAGAUGCUGUG